CACAUCUCUAUAAAACAUCAGCUGAAUCUCUACUUGUAGACAUAUGACUGCAGGUCCCCAACUCAGCAGGCAGGCAAAGACUUUAGAAGACUGCUGCAGCCCGUCCAUCUUUUGGUGGAUUCCCCUCCUGGUGGACUUAAAGUGAUGGAGAAGCCUGAUGAUGAGGGGUCACCAGGUGCAACAGGUGGUGAAGGGGAUGGAAGAGACACCACACCAGUUCACAGCACUGGUACUCCUGAUGGCAUUGCAGCACUAGGAGCUAUGCUGACAGGGCUUCAUGUUGGUUCAACAGCAGCAACAGCAGUCAAUGCAAACAAUGCAGCAACAGAUGCAGCAGCAGAUCAGCCAGCUACAGGAGGAGGUGCAGAAGGGAAAGACUAAGCAACUGUGUGUUGUGACCCCUCUGCCAGCAGCAAACCCAGACACUUUGACAAGACCAGCUCCUCAGUCCCUAGACCCAGCAGAGGAGGUAUUAGCUGAACACCUUGACAAGAAGGAGGAGGAAGCAGAGAGGAAAUCGGAAGAGGUCCAACAGCCUUUGUCCAAAGCCAAUGAUGAGACAAAACCAGAGACAGAUGGCUCCUCAGGAGGAAACAGAGAAACAACCAGAGGCCCAGCCGAGGUGUCAGGUCAACACGUUGUCAAGAAGGAGGAGGCAGAGAGGAAAUGUGAAGCGGAAGAACCAGUGCCAAAAGCCAUAGAUGAGCCAAAAACCAGAAGAAGGUUCCUCAAGAGAAAACAUCAAAACAACCCAAGGAUCCUGUCUCAGGGAGCUGUUGUCAAUGACUGGACUAGAAGAUCAUUAUGAAAACAAGCUGACGUUAAGUACUGCCCUUGAGAUAAAUGCCAAUACUACAUCAGAUGAACCUCUUACCACUAUGCAGUCACUUCCAGGUGCCUUCCUUAAGAAAUUAAUGAUGGCAAAUGUGAAUGCAAGGAGUGUGAAAUGUCUGAACACUGACCAGGAGGUUUCCAAUUAUGGUGUAGACAACCUGUACACUGACACUGAUUCCAGCAAUGUCAUUAAUCCACUGGACCUGAUA